GACAUUAGUUUCGGUGCAGUGCUUACAAUACACGAAUAUAUGUGAUGAGAGGAAAAAUAUUUGCACUUAUCUGCGCUUUAGCGCUAGCUGAAGCGGAAGUAGUGCGGCUAAAUAGCAACGGAUGUCCGAUAGAUAUCACAGUUGAUUCCGGAUUUUAUCCGAACUGCAACAGAAACAUCAAGCAUUACAAUGCUGUUGACUACUCCGAUCCAAAGCAAGCUCCGAUGAUAUGCGCGGCGCCAGGAUCCAACAGCAUCUUGAUCGCCCACGAACACUGCAACCAGUUCUAUCAGUGCUGGAAUGGAAAACCAAUAGCAAUGAGUUGCUAUGGAGACCUCCAGUACAACCCAUCUCUCGAGAUCUGUGACUGGCCGGCAAGCGUCGAAUGCGGCGCAAGAAUAGUUCCUGAAUGCGACGAAGACGGUGAAGAGACACCAUCUAUAUGUGCGCCAGAAGACUCCAAAGACGCACUUCUACCCCAUAACGAAUGUAACAAAUUUUACAAAUGUGAAGGAGGGCAUCUAAUAACAUAUACAUGUCCCGGAACCUUGCUUUACAACCCUACUGCAGGGUACUGUGAUUGUGCGUGUUCUGUCGAAUGCGAAGAUCGCAUAGUUCCUGACAACAGUGGUAACGGGUCUGACAAUGGUGACACAGGUAACGGAGCGAAUGGUGACACAGGCAACGGCGCUGGCAAUUGUGAUCCCAGUGAAGCUGGGAAUAUUUGCUCGAAGGAAGGCUCUAACGGUGUAUUAGUCGCCAAUGAACGAUGCAACAAGUUCUAUAAAUGCGAUAAUGGCGUACCAGUGCCACAAAGUUGCCCAGCUGGUCUGCUGUUCAAUCCAGCUAAGGAUGUCUGUGACUGGCCUGACAACGUUGAUUGUGGAGACAGGAUCAUUACAGGCAAUGAAAGCGAAGAAGACAACAGUGGUAACGGUGAUUCUGGCAACGGAGAUUCCGGGAACGGAGACUCUGGCAAUGGUGGUUCUGACAAUGGUGGUUCUGGCAAUGGUGACUCAGGCAACGGAGGCAACGGCGCUGGCAAUUGUGAUCCCAGUGAAGCUGGGAAUAUUUGCUCAAAGGAAGGCUCUAACGGUGUAUUAGUCGCCAAUGAACGAUGCAACAAGUUCUAUGAAUGCGAUAAUGGCGUACCAGUGCCACAAAGUUGCCCAGCUGGUCUGCUGUUCAAUCCAGCUAAGGAUGUCUGUGACUGGCCUGACAACGUUGAUUGUGGAGACAGGAUCAUUAUAGGCAAUGAAAGCGAAGAAGACAACAGUGGUAACGGUGAUUCUGGCAACGGAGGUUCCGGCAACGGAGACUCUGGCAAUGGUGGUUCUGGCAAUGGUGACUCAGGCAACGGAAGCAACGGCGCUGGCAAUUGUGAUCCCAGUGAAGCUGCGAAUAUUUGCUCGAAGGAAGGCUCUAACGGUGUAUUAGUCGCCAAUGAACGAUGCAACAAGUUCUAUAAAUGCGAUAAUGGCGUACCAGUGCCACAAAGUUGCCCAGCUGGUCUGCUGUUCAAUCCAGCUAAGGAUGUCUGUGACUGGCCUGACAACGUUGAUUGUGGAGACAGGAUCAUUAUAGGCAAUGAAAGCGAAGAAGACAACAGUGGUAACGGUGAUUCUGGCAACGGAGGUUCCGGAAACGGAGACUCUGGCAAUGGUGGUUCUGACAAUGGUGGUUCUGGCAAUGGUGACUCUGGCAACGGAGGCAACGGCGCUGGCAAUUGUGAUCCCAGUGAAGCUGGGAAUAUUUGCUCAAAGGAAGGCUCUAACGGUGUAUUAGUCGCCAAUGAACGAUGCAACAAGUUCUAUAAAUGCGAUAAUGGCGUACCAGUGCCACAAAGUUGCCCAACUGGUCUGCUGUUCAAUCCAGCUAAGGAUGUCUGUGACUGGCCUGACAACGUUGAUUGUGGAGACAGGAUCAUUACAGACAAUGAAAGCGAAGAAGACAACAGUGGUAACGGUGAUUCUGGCAGCGGUGGUUCCGGAAACGGAGACUCUGACAACGGUGGUUCCGGCAAUGGAGACUCUGGCAACGGCGGAUCUGGCACCUGCAACUGCAAUCCCGGUGAAGCUGCAUCUAUCUGUUCAAACCUAAAAGCGGAAGGAGUAUUCGUCGCUAACGAAAACUGCAAUCAGUUCUACGUAUGUGUUGGAGGUAAAAAUGUUGUUAUGACCUGCCCAAGCGGCCUUCUGUAUAAUCCGUAUAGUGAAAAAUGUGACUGGCCUGAUAAUGUUGACUGUGGCGACAGAAUCGCUCCCGGAGAUGGUGGUUCUGACAGUGGUGAUAACGGCGACUCUGGCAACGGAGAUUCCGGCAACGGAGAUUCCGGCAAUGGUGGUUCAGACAACGGAGGCAACGGUGCUGGCAAUUGUGAUCCAAGUGAGGCCGAGAAUAUAUGCGCAAAGAAGGGAUCUGACGGCGUAUUAGUCGCCAAUGAACAGUGCAACAAGUUCUACAAAUGCGAUAAUGGUGUACCAACGCCACAGAGGUGCCCAGCUGGUCUCCUCUUCAAUCCCGCUAAGGACGUAUGUGACUGGCCUGACAACGUUGAUUGUGGAGACAGGAUCAUUAUUGACAAUGAAAGCGAAGAAGACAACAACGGUGAUAAUGGCAAUGGCGACUCUGGCAACGGAGAUUCUGGAAACGGUGGUUCUGGCAACGGAGAUUCUGGCAACAGUGGUUCAGACAACGGAGGCAACGGUGCUGGCAAUUGUGAUCCAAGUGAGGCCGGGAAUAUUUGCGCAAAUAAGGGAUCUGACGGUGUAUUAAUCGCCAAUGAACAGUGCAACAAGUUCUACAAAUGCGAUAAUGGUGUACCAACGCCACAGAGGUGCCCAUCUGGUCUCCUCUUCAAUCCCGCUAAGGACGUAUGUGACUGGCCUGACAACGUUGAUUGUGGAGACAGGAUCAUUACUGACAAUGAAAGCGAAGAAGACAACAACGGUGAUAACGGCAAUGGUGACUCUGGCAACGGAGAUUCUGGAAACGGAGGUUCUGGCAACGGAGAUUCUGGCAACGGAGACUCUGGCAACGGCGGAUCUGGCACCUGCAACUGCAAUCCCGGUGAAGCUGCAUCUAUCUGUUCAAACCUUAAAGCGGAAGGAGUAUUCGUCGCUAACAAAAACUGCAAUCAGUUCUACGUAUGUGUUGGAGGUAAAAAUGUUGUUAUGACCUGCCCAAGCGGCCUUCUGUAUAAUCCGUAUAGUGAAAAAUGUGACUGGCCUGAUAAUGUUGACUGUGGCGACAGAAUCGCUCCCGGAGAUGGUGGUUCUGACAGUGGUGAUAACGGCGACUCUGGCAACGGAGAUUCGGACAACGGAGAUUCCGGCAACGGUGGUUCAGACAACGGAGGCAACGGUGCUGGCAAUUGUGAUCCAAGUGAGGCCGGGAAUAUUUGCGCAAAGAAGGGAUCUGACGGCGUAUUAGUCGCCAAUGAACAGUGCAACAAGUUCUACAAAUGCGAUAAUGGUGUACCAACGCCACAGAGGUGCCCAGCUGGUCUCCUCUUCAAUCCCGCUAAGGACGUAUGUGACUGGCCUGACAACGUUGAUUGUGGAGACAGGAUCAUUAUUGACAAUGAAAGCGAAGAAGACAACAACGGUGAUAAUGGCAAUGGCGACUCUGGCAACGGAGAUUCUGGAAACGGUGGUUCUGGCAACGGAGAUUCUGGCAACAGUGGUUCAGACAACGGAGGCAACGGUGCUGGCAAUUGUGAUCCAAGUGAGGCCGGGAAUAUUUGCGCAAAUAAGGGAUCUGACGGUGUAUUAAUCGCCAAUGAACAGUGCAACAAGUUCUACAAAUGCGAUAAUGGUGUACCAACGCCACAGAGGUGCCCAUCUGGUCUCCUCUUCAAUCCCGCUAAGGACGUAUGUGACUGGCCUGACAACGUUGAUUGUGGAGACAGGAUCAUUACUGACAAUGAAAGCGAAGAAGACAACAACGGUGAUAACGGCAAUGGUGACUCUGGCAACGGAGAUUCUGGAAACGGAGGUUCUGGCAACGGAGAUUCUGGCAUCGGAGACUCUGGCAACGGCGGAUCUGGCACCUGCAACUGCAAUCCCGGUGAAGCUGCAUCUAUCUGUUCAAACCUUAAAGCGGAAGGAGUAUUCGUCGCUAACGAAAACUGCAAUCAGUUCUACGUAUGUGUUGGAGGUAAAAAUGUUGUUAUGACCUGCCCAAGCGGCCUUCUGUAUAAUCCGUAUAGUGAACAAUGUGACUGGCCUGAUAAUGUUGACUGUGGCGACAGAAUCGCUCCCGGAGAUGGUGGUUCUGACAAUGGUGAUAACGGCGACUCUGGCAAUGGAGAUUCCGGCAACGGAGAUUCUGGCAAUGGUGGUUCAGACAACGGAGGCAACGGUGCUGGCAAUUGUGAUCCAAGUGAGGCCGGGAAUAUUUGCGCAAAGAAGGGAUCUGACGGCGUAUUAGUCGCCAAUGAACAGUGCAACAAGUUCUACAAAUGCGAUAAUGGUGUACCAACGCCACAGAGGUGCCCAGCUGGUCUCCUAUUCAAUCCCGCUAAGGACGUAUGUGACUGGCCUGACAAGGUUGAUUGUGGAGACAGGAUCAUUAUUGACAAUGAAAGCGAAGAAGACCACAACGGUGAUAAUGACAAUGGCGACUCUGGCAACGGAGAUUCUGAAAACGGAGGUUCUGGCAACGGAGAUUCCGGCAAUGGUGGUUCAGACAACGGAGGCAACGGUGCUGGCAAUUGUGAUCCAAGUGAGGCCGGGAAUAUUUGCGCAAAUAAGGGAUCUGACGGUGUAUUAAUCGCCAAUGAACAGUGUAACAAGUUCUACAAAUGCGAUAAUGGUGUACCAACGCCACAGAGGUGCCCAGCUGGUCUCCUCUUCAAUCCCGCUAAGGACGUAUGUGACUGGCCUGACAACGUUGAUUGUGGAGACAGGAUCAUUACUGACAAUGAAAGCGAAGAAGACAACAACGGUGAUAAUGGCAAUGGCGACUCUGGCAACGGAGAUUCUGGAAACGGAGGUUCUGGCAACGGAGACUCUGGCAACGGAGACUCUGGCAACGGCGGAUCUGGCACCUGCAACUGCAAUCCCGGUGAAGCUGCAUCUAUCUGCUCAAACCUAAAAGCGGAAGGAGUAUUCGUCGCUAACGAAAACUGCAAUCAGUUCUACGUAUGUGUUGGAGGUAAAAAUGUUGUUAUGACCUGCCCAAGCGGCCUUCUGUAUAAUCCGUAUAGUGAACAAUGUGACUGGCCCAAAAAUGUCAUCUGUGGCGAUAGAAUCGCUCCCGGAGAUGGUGGUUCUGACAAUGGGGAUAACGGCGACUCUGGCAACGGAAAUUCUGGCAACGGAGGUUCUGGCAACGGAGGUUCUGGCAACGGAGACUCUGGCAACGGAGACUCUGGCGACGGCGGAUCUGGCACCUGCAAUUGCAAUCCCGGUGAAGCUGCAUCUAUCUGUUCAAACCUUAAAGCGGAAGGAGUAUUCGUCGCUAACGAAAACUGCAAUCAGUUCUACGUAUGUGUUGGAGGUAAAAAUGUUGUUAUGACCUGCCCAAGCGGCCUUCUGUAUAAUCCGUAUAGUGAACAAUGUGACUGGCCCAACAAUGUCGACUGUGGCGACAGAAUCGCUCCUGGAGAUGGUGGUUCUGACAAUGGGGAUAACGGCGACUCUGGCAACGGAGAUUCGGACAACGGAGAUUCCGGCAACGGUGGUUCAGACAACGGAGGCAACGGUGCUGGCAAUUGUGAUCCAAGUGAGGCCGGGAAUAUUUGCGCAAAGAAGGGAUCUGACGGCGUAUUAGUCGCCAAUGAACAGUGCAACAAGUUCUACAAAUGCGAUAAUGGUGUACCAACGCCACAGAGGUGCCCAGCUGGUCUCCUAUUCAAUCCCGCUAAGGACGUAUGUGACUGGCCUGACACCGUUGAUUGUGGAGACAGGAUCAUUAUUGACAAUGAAAGCGAAGAAGACAACAAAGAUGAUAAUGGCAAUGGCGAGUCUGGCAACGGAGAUUCUGGUAACGGCGAUUCUGGCGACGGCGACUCUGGUAACGGAGACUCUGGCACAUGCAAUUGCAACCCUAAUGAAGCAUCAGCUAUUUGUUCUGGACCUGGUUCCGAAGGAACUUUGGUCGCGCACGAAAAUUGUCACCAAUUUUAUAUCUGUUUAGGAGGUACCAACGUGACUCUUGACUGUCCCAGUGGUCUUUUAUAUAACCCAAAUAAAAUUAUAUGUGACUGGCCCGAGUCAGUGGACUGCGGCGAAAGGGUCGUACCUGGAGCUAUGACUGAAGUCGAGGAAGAAGAGAAAGAGCUUUCUAGUUAUGAUUACGCUGUAGCAAUGUGCGCCCUUGAAGGCUCUGCGGGCAAAACGUAUCCUCAUGAGGAUUGUAACAGAUACUACUUGUGCACUAACAGCCAGCCUGUGGUGUACCGCUGCGGUACGACACUGCUGUAUGACCUCUCCAGGCAGCGAUGCUUCUGGCAAGAGAACGUGAACUGCGGAGACAGAACAACGACACAUGCAACAUCCUUUAACAAGCACUUGGAAGGACGUCAACGUCUCAGAAACUUGUAAUUUCUUUAGGUACUUAUUAAUUCAUAUUUGUAAUAUGUAUUUAUGAUGAAUAAAUCACUAAUAAAUUUUAUUGUAAAAUUGUAACAUAUUCUAUUCGACAAAUAAUAUACCUUUUUCUAUUCAA